AUGCUUCGAAAGCUCUGGUAUGGGGCUUUCGGAGUUUCGUCGGAUCUCAGCUCGCCGGUCGAGUCUCUGGUGGGCUCCAGCGAGACGGAGAGCGACGAGGAAGACUACCUCGCCGAGUUGACUCGCCAAAUGGCUCGCUCGACGCUCGAGAAAGAGUUGAAGCACUCUGACUCUGCUUUCGGCUCUGACAACUCAAAGAGCUGGGUCGUUUCCGGUUCGCCCCAAUCGACGCUGUGCCCAGCUGGGAGUGGCUGUGGCUGUGGGCUAGGCUCGAGCCGUGGAAGUCCAAACGCCCACUCGCCGCCGGCCACUUGGGAUCUGCUGCAUGCGGCUGCAGGGGAAGUAGCGAAGAUGCGCAUCGACCAGAGCAGAGGCCUCUUGGGACCUCCAAGAAAGCCCUCCCCACCAGUUCCCGCCGCCCCUCUGAGCAGCAACCCCAACAACCCUGAUGUUGGUUUUUACUUCCACCCGCAGUCGCUUUCCCACAAGCACUUGCAAGCCUCACAGUUUCAGCGGUUGAGGCAGCAACAAAUGUUGAAGGAACAGAGCUCUGGGGUUUGGGCAGCGCAGCCUCGAUACCCACAGCAGCAGGCUCAGUCUCAGGCUCAGGCUCACCCAAUGGUCCAGAGCAGAGUGAGAAGCAGCGCUCUCAACACUCGGCCUCUGGGUUUGUCGCCAUCUGCAUGGCCUCCUCUGCAACAAGCCCAGCAGCAACAACAGUACCAGAAAAAUGGGUCUGGCAUGAGAGCUGUUUUCCUUGGAACCCAAAACGCUGGUGCCAAAAGGGAGUGCGCUGGAACUGGCGUCUUCUUACCCCGCCAAAUCGGCACCCAAUCUGAAACGCGCAAGAAGACAGGUUGCUCGACAGUUCUCGUCCCAGCUAGAGUUGUGCAGGCACUGAAGCUGAACAUUGAUGAUAUGUGCGCACCUCAACCGCCCCACCUUCAGCGUCGUUUCAAUGCAAGCUACAACCCUGAAUAUGACGUUGCUCUGAGGCUUCGAAGUAACAACAGCGCCCUUUCUCAGCAGAGACGCAAUGUUAUUAGGCCACAGCAGCCACAAUUGAGCAAUGAGAUUAGGCUCCCCCAGGAGUGGACUUAUUAGCAGCAUUUCAGUUCUGGGGUGGUUUGGUUUUUUCUUUGGGAAAUUUUAGGGCAAGGGGUAAGAAAUUGAAGGGUUUUAGGAAGAAAGGAGAGGGAGGAUGCAAGUUUUAUUAGUUUUUGAUAUAGGGUUUUUAAUGGUUUUUACUACAGGUGGUAGGGUAAGUACAAAGGAAAUAGUUUUUGAGAAAGACAGGACAGGAGAAAAAUGGUUGGAACAAGAAGAAGAAAUGUUUUUUUGGGUUUAGGGUUUUAGGUGAAAAAUAAAUGGUCUACUUUCAUUAAAGUGAUGGCACCAGCUGCAUGCUAAUAUUACAGCAGAAGCAGAAGCAGCUUUUGUUCCAAGUGAUUUUGUGCCCGAAGAACGAGGCAAUGGUGGAUGGUUGUCCCUCUUUUGUUUUAGUCUUUUGGGAUAAGAAGAGUUUGGGAUCUUUUAGAAAAAAAAAAAUCAGUGAGAAUUGAGAAAGUUCAAAAUGUAAGAAGGAUUCCAAUCUGUCCUCCCAUCUUGCCAUGCAACAAGUUAGUAUUAUUAAUAAUAAUAAUAAAUU